AUGACCGGAGAAUCUACCAUGCAAAAGGUUAAGGACGCCCUCCACGUCGGUGGAAACAAGGACCAUAGCACAACUGGCACGACCAAUACAACUGGCACAACCAACACAGGUGGUGCAGCCCGUACUGGCUAUGCUGAAGGUUCCCAUGGACCUCAUUCCUCGUCUAUGGCUAAUGCUGCCGACCCACGGGUCGACUCCGACCUAGACGGAAACCGUCUUCCUAACAAGACCUCUGGCGGCUAUGGCACUCAAGAUACAUCAUAUGGUACUACAGGUGCACACACCGGUUCCCACACUGGUACUCAUACUGGUACUCACUCUGGUACACACACCACUGGAACACACAUUCCAGGAACUUCCAACACUGGCCACGCUGAGGGUUCUCAUGGACCUCACGGCUCCUCUCUUGCCAAUGCGGCUGAUCCACGUGUCGAUUCCGAUUUAGAUGGAAACCGUAUUCCUAACAAGACCUCCAGCGGCUACGGUACCCAAGACACAUAUGGCUCUGGUGUCGGAUCAACCGGUACUCACCACCACCAAGGCACAACCGCUGGCAACACUGUUGGCGGAACUGGCUUCAGUGGAGGAAUGUCCCACAGUAGCAAUGCUGGUCCUCACAACUCCAACCUCGCCAAUGCUGCUGACCCAAGAGUCGACAGCGAUUUGAGCAGCACUGGAAACCGUCAUGGAGCUUCUACCGGACACUCUGCAUUUGGAGUUUCUGGUUCCCACGCUACUCCAGGUUCAGGAACUGCUCAGAAUACUGCAGGUCCACACAACAGUGAUAUGAUGAACAAGGCUGACCCAAGAGUCGACGCUGAUCUCGAUGGUUCCAAAACUUUUGGAGGAAAUAAGACAUACCAGUAA